UGCGGACUGCGGACGAGGGGAAGCACUUUUCGAGAGGGCGGUUUCUCAGGGAGGCAAGGUGAAUCUGUUCCAGCACACGAUGUCAUCGAUCUCGGCGCAGGGCGUGGUCGAGCGAGCCUCCGCCGAGUUGUCCAAGCGGAUCAAUGGGCUGGGGCUGCGCUCGAAGCACCACCACAGCAGUACUUCCGGUGCUCCUCCUGCUGCCGGCGGCGGUGGAGGCGACCCAGCGUCCCCGGCCGGAGCCACGCCCCCGCCGGCAGCGCCCAGCGGCAAGACGUCGGUGAUGGAGCGCGUGACGAACGCCCUGUGCGGCGGCGGCAACUCAAAUUCCAACUCGGCUUCGAACAGCAACUCCACUUCGCCGGCAGCCGCUGCUCCUUCGCCCGCCAGCAAUGCCAAUCCUCCCCAGACGCCGGACAAGUCGUCGCGUGGCAGCAGCCCCAGUCCCGGAGGAAUCCAGUCGCAGGUCCAGAACUCCACACACCACCUCCUGCAGCAGCAACAGCAACAGCAGCAACAGCAGCAGCAGCAACAUCUGCAGCUGCAACAGUCGCAGCAGCAACACCUGCAGCUGCAGGCCUCCACGCUGAUCAACUCCAAUCACCAUGUGAUGGUGGGUCCUGCCCCGCCCACCGGCAUGCCACUGGGCGCCCCGCCCACGCCCACAGUGAAGUCCAUUGCCAAGCAGAUGAACAUAACCAUACCGGGCGGAGGGGUGAAUCCCACGGGCUCGCCCACCUUCAGCACCAUGGGCAUGGUGGCGGCCCAGAAGGCGGCGGCCAGUGCAGGCGGCACUCCACUGCAGCUGAGGAAGCAGCUGCCCAAUCCUCACCUGCACCACCCGUACGGCAAUAUGUCGCCGCUGAUUAUGCAACAGCAGCAGCUCCACCCGCCGCCCAUCCACAGCAUCGAGCAGCUGAUGCUGGACGACCGCUUUCUGAGCCGCUUCUUCCAGUACUUCUCCCCCUACGAGCGCCGCGUGCUCGCCCAGGUGUGCAUCAAGUGGCGGGACACACUGUACCGCAGUCCGCGCUACUGGAGCGGCCUGCUGCCCACGCUGCAGUGCCGCGAGCUGCGCCAAAUGCCCGGCUGCGAUCGCGGCAAGCUCUACAACUCGCUCAUCCGCCGCGGAUUCCACGCCCUCGGACUCGUCGGCGCCUCCGACGAGGACGCCCUGGACGUGGUCCACUCCUUCCCGCUCGCCUCCAAGCACGUCCACUCGCUCAGCCUGCGCUGCUCCUCGAUCAGCGACCGGGGACUGGAGACCCUGCUCGAUCACCUGCAGAGUCUGUUUGAACUGGAGCUGGCUGGCUGCAACGAGGUGACCGAGGCGGGUCUGUGGGCGUGUCUCACGCCCCGCAUCGUGUCCCUGUCCCUGGCGGACUGCAUCAAUAUCGCGGACGAGGCGGUGGGCGCGGUGGCCCAGCUGCUGCCCUCCCUCUACGAGUUCUCGCUGCAGGCUUACCACGUCACGGAUGCGGCACUCGGCUACUUCUCGCCCAAACAGAGCCACAGCCUCAGCAUCCUGCGGCUGCAGUCGUGCUGGGAACUAACCAACCAUGGCAUCGUUAAUAUCGUUCACUCCCUGCCGCAUCUCACGGUCCUGAGCCUCUCCGGCUGCAGCAAACUGACGGACGAUGGAGUGGAGCUGAUUGCCGAGAACCUGCAGAAACUGCGCGCCCUGGACCUGUCCUGGUGUCCCCGCAUUACGGACGCCUCGCUCGAGUAUAUCGCCUGUGAUCUGAACCAGCUGGAGGAGCUGACACUGGAUAGAUGCGUGCACAUAACGGACAUUGGCGUGGGAUAUAUCUCCACGAUGCUGUCGCUGACCGCCCUCUUCCUGCGCUGGUGCUCCCAGGUGCGUGACUUUGGGCUGCAGCACCUGUGCUCGAUGCGGAACCUCCAGGUGCUGUCCCUGGCCGGAUGUCCCCUGCUCACCUCCUCGGGCUUGUCCAGCCUGAUCCAGCUGAGGCAUCUGCAGGAGCUGGAGCUGACCAACUGCCCGGGGGCGUCGCACGAACUGUUCGACUACCUGAAGGAGCACCUGCCCCGUUGCCUGAUCAUCGAAUAAUCGAUGGGUGGAUGCAGAUGC